AAUAAAACGUGAGCUAAUCUAAUCUCUCAAGUCGCGUAUUCCCCCUUAAGUUACUUCCUGAUCAUGAUAGCCAUGGCCAACGCUGUAUAUCCAUCAACGCCUUACUACUGCAUCACACAAGCUCGCUGUAGACUCUGCCAAUUCUUACUGGAAGAUGGAGAGCCAAUUGUUGCAGACGUUGGCGACGAGGGAGUUUCCUGCGAGUUUUCGUUCCGCCGACGCACAACCUUCUACGACGAUGAGCUCGAUAUCAAACUGCACAUGUGCCUCGCCGACGAAUGCAGGUCUCGUACCAAAGCCAUAGUAUGCUUCCACACCAGCUGCUAUGAAUUCCGCUUCUACGCGAUAACACCCGAAUUCCUCGCCGCUACACACUACGCUUUUCCUCCGCCUUUGACUGAGGAGCGCCGACGAACUCAGUAUAUCCGACAAGCUCUCACCUACAAACUGCAACAUGCAAAACUCUGGCCUCGAGAGCUUCCCACAGAACUAUGGGCCAUGGUCGCUGGUUUUCUCUUGCAAGAUUGCGCCACCCUCACAGCACAAGAGCAGGUGGAUGGGUGCAACAGUGACAGUGCUGCAGAUAUUACUUUGGAUCUAAAUCAACCUGUAUACGCGACUUAUGUAAAAAUCGACGGCCGAUCCUAUAUCAAAACCCUCCGAAACAAGGCUCGAAACAAAACCAAAGGGGAAAUCUCAAUCCGAUUGUCUACCCCUAUCGUACAAGACGGAGACACGGACAAAGACAUGUUUGUGGCAGAGGAUCAUCUCGGCAUUCGUCGAAUUUUCUUUGUCUCGCCUAAACACGUCGAACAAUGGUGUCGUGCUCCCCCAAGUGUGCCAGGCGCGUGGUGGAAACACAUGCCUCAGUAUAACAUACCCUCCACCAUGGUAUUCAAGACUGAUGGGUUCAAAAUUCGCGACAUCGAAUGUCUGCAAAAGGGGUCCCCCGUCUGGCAACUUCCAGUUUCCAUUACACCCUCGGUGAUUGACCUCUUAACGCUGGAGACACCGAAAGAAUGCCCCAAUGGCCUCCGAAUGCGCUUUUUCGAUUGCAAUGCGCCCGACAUUCUUGGAUACUUUGUGGCUACUGAUGGAGUCAGGACAUUCAGUGUCUUAUCCCAUAAGCAAGGCCAAGAAGUAGACACAAGUUUGUUCGAGGAAAUCGACGGCCCCAUCUGCUUUUGGAUGUACAUGCCCAUUAGCAAGGGCGAAUAUGUUACUGACAUCUGUAGGCGGGCAGGGCGCUUGAUACUUCAGAUUGAAACCAUCGGGCUAACGUUCACCACGAAUCGAGGACGCACCGCCGUAUUCGGACUCUACGGACAUGCGGGUGUUUACUCACGACGCGUUGCUGCCUUGCUUCGCAAGCCGUCCCGUGUCUACUACAAUCAGCCCGGUGCCUGUGGCACACUUAACGUAGACUUUAUUGCUCUAGAGGACAACGCAUGCGACGCCUGA